AUGAGAGUCUUGAAAAGAAGAAGAAGGUCCUCCAGGGCGGCAGGGGGCGCUGCGGCUGCGUCUCUAGUCUCUGUGUCUUCCUGCAGAGAAACGCGGUGUUCUGUGAGGAUGUUCUCCGUGUUAAAGGAGCGGGUCGGGGAGAUUCUGCUGCCCGGAGAUGAGUUCUGCUGCGGGCCCCAGGACACCCUCCCCCUGACGGACAGCGGGAAGCCGGAGCGGCUGGUGGCCGGACCGGGGCUGCGACUGAGCGGUGACCGUCUGCUGGUGAGCCGGAGCGGCGUGCUGAGACACAAGGAGCCCAACAAGUUCUGGAUCGAGUCACAGCAGCGGAGGUACGUCCCCGCCAAAGGAGAGACGGUGAUCGCCGUGGUGACGGCCAAAGCCGGGGACGUCUUCAAGGUGGACUUUGGAGGAAGCGAGCCGGCGUCGCUGUCCUACCUGGCGUUUGAUGGCGCCACCAAGAGGAACCGGCCCAACGUCCAGGUGGGCGACCUGGUGUUUGCUCAGUUCAUCGUGGCCAACAAGGACAUGGAGCCGGAGCUGGUGUGCAUCGACGGGUCGGGCCGGGCCAACGGGAUGGGCGUGUUCGGCGCCGGAGGUCUGCUCAUCAAAGUGUCUCUGGGCCUCGUGAGAAGGCUCCUGGUUCCGAACAGCGAGCUGCGGGCCGACCUGCAGCAGCUGUUCCCCUGCGAGCUGGUGGUCGGGAUGAACGGCCGGGUCUGGGUCCGAGCAGGAACCGUCCAGCAGACGCUGAUUCUGGCCAACCUGCUGCAGAGCUGCGACACCAUGACGGCGCCGCAGAGGCAGCAGCUGUUCAGGCGGGUCCAGCAGGGGGCGCCGUAGCAGCUGGGGUUCUACCCGAGCUCACUUAUUGGUUCUGAUCGAUCUUUUUUUUUAUUGGUUUAUUAACGGAUCACAUUGGUGCGGCUCGGAUGAAAGGACCGACCCGUGUACUGACCCGCAUCGUGUUUUGAUCAGAACCUGACAGAGAAACACCAGCAGGAGAGGUUCUGAAAGGAACCCAGUCAGUCUGGGCUGGUUCUGUGAUAAAGUUCUGUUUCUGCUAACAGAAACAUCUGGACCCGUCUGCAUGGAGCCGGUUAGACUGAGGAUCCAAAGGACCAGCUGGUUCUGUGUGGUGGACCAGAACCGAUGGACUUCCUUGUGUUUGUGUGAAUGAAAUGACUGGUUCAGGGGGACGGUUCUGGUUCAGGUUCUGGUUCUGUCCUCCUGGGCUUCAGCAGUUUGGGUGUUUUU